CCUCUGGCAUUCAUCCUUCUCAUAUCUGCUUUGCUUAUCAGAAAAAAGAAUCCUUAGUUGUUGUUGUUCCAUAAUGGCUGAGGCAUUUCUUCAACUCGUUCUGGACAAACUGAUCUCUCUUAUCAACCGGGAGAUCGGACUGAUCUUGGGCGUCGACGAGGUGAUGAAGAAGCUCUGCAGCACUCUCACCACCAUCCAAGCUGUAUUGGAGGAUGCCGAAGACAAGCAAAUCGAGAGCAAGCCAAUUCAAAAUUGGCUGCAGAAGCUCAACGAUAUUGUGUAUGUGAUUGAUGACGUAUUGGAUGAGUGCAACACUGAAGUCUCCAAACUCGACCACUCUCAUUCAAAAUACAGUCGCUGCAGCCUCAAGAAAAUUUUGUUUCGCCACAAAAUCGCAAGGAGAAUGAAGCAAGUCAACGAGAAAGUGGAGGCCAUUGCUGCGGAGCGCACUAAGUUUCAUUUGCGCGAGAUGCCUGUUCAUAGGCCAAGAGAAGUAUCUCUUGUGUCGCGCGAGACGGCUUCCCUGUUGAACGAGUCUGAUAAGAUUCUUGGCAGGGAAGAAGAUAAAGACAAGAUUGUGAAGAUGUUGGUGAAUGAUGUGAAGGAUAAACAGGAGAUGUCUGUGCUGCCAAUCAUCGGUAUUGGCGGACUUGGCAAGACCACUCUCGCUCGACUAGUCUUCAACGAUCCGCAAGUGGAACAACACUUCGAUGUAAGGAUUUGGGUUUGUGUUUCUAAUAACUUUGAAAUGAAAACUUUGGUGAAGGCCAUGAUUGAAUCUGCCACGGGGAGUGGAAAAGCAACGGAUCUGCAGCACUUGGAUGCUAUUGAACGUCGCUUCUGGGAAUUGUUGAGCGAAAAAAGAUAUUUGAUUGUGAUGGAUGAUGUUUGGAAUGACCACCAGGAUAAAUGGUUUGAGUUGAGAGAUGUUUUAUCAUGUGGCUCAGCCGGUUCGUCGGUUGUCGUCACCACACGCCAGAAGAAGGUUGCUGAUAUAAUGACAACACUUCCAUGUCAUUGUCUUGAGGGGCUGUCGGAUGAGUACUGCUGGGCGCUGCUGCAGCAGCGCGCCUUCGGACCAGAUGAAGAGGUUCCUCCCCAGCUGGAAAUAACUGGGAAACAUAUUGUGAAGAAAUGUGCUGGAGUGCCCCUUGCUGCUACGACGCUUGGAGGAAUCCUACGAUUUAAAAGGAGAGAAGAGGAGUGGAUACAUGUGAGAGACAGUGGCAUAUGGAAGUUGUCGGGAGAAGAGAGUUCGAUGAUGCCGGCUUUGAGAUUGAGUUAUUAUCAUGUUCCAGUGGAACUUAGGCAAUGCUUUGCUUAUUUUGCAUCCUUUCCUAAGGACCAUUACAUUGGAAAGGAAGAACUGAUCCGUCUAUGGAUGGCUCAUGGCUACAUUUCAUCAAAGUGGACUCUACAAGUGGAAGAUGUUGGGAAUGAAAUAUGUGAUGAGCUGCUUCUCAGAUCGCUUCUACAAGCUAAUGAGAAUAACGAUAUUGGUAUGCAUGAUCUUGUUCACGACCUGGCAGAAUCAAUAAUGGAGAACAAAGUCCCCGCAUUACAAAGUGAAAGAAAUCUCGCAAGUACAUCAACUAUCCGAGAGGUAAAUUUGCAACAAAAAACUGCCUUGUUUCCUAAAACCUUUCAGCAAGAUAUGAACAUUACUUCCAUCUUGGAGCUCAAAAGUUUAAGAGUAUUAGAUGCAAUGGGCAAAGCAAUAAAAUAUUUGCCUCCUUCCAUCAGCAAUCUUAAACAUUUGCGAUACUUGAAUUUGUCUCGUUCUGAAAUUCGCACUCUCCCUAACUCAUUAUGUACUCUUUGGAAUUUGCAAACCCUCAACUUGGAUUACUGUGAUAGACUUGUGGCUAUGCCUAAGAAGCUCACAUCCUUACGUAAUCUCCAGCAUCUAUGUUUGUGGGGCUGCAAGUCAUUGCGUGAGAUGCCAUCUAAAAUGAGAGAAUUGAACGGCCUAAAAACAUUGAGCAUGUUUGUCUUGGGUCACAAGAGAGGUAACCAACUUGAGAUUAGUAUAAUUGAUUGUGAAAAUAUUAAGCGUUUUCCAAAACUGGGAGAGUUGCCCCAUCUUAAGAAUCUGUUUUUAACGAAUAUGGGGGUGGAGUAUAUUAUUGAAGAAGAAGAAGUUGGGAGUGGACACCCAGUAAAGAUACUGUUUGUGGCUUUGAAAUAUCUGCAUUUAGUUGAUUUCCCGAAUUUGAAGGGACUAUCAAAUAAGCAAGAGAGUAGUAAAGAAGCAUUCCCAAAUCUCGAAGCUCUAUGGAUUGAGCGCUGCUCUUUAUUAAUACUGCCACCACUCUCAUCCCUCCAAAAGUUGGAGAGACUAGCAUGCCAUAGCUCAACUUUGGGUUUAUUAUCUGAGCACGGCAUUCCUAGAAAUCGGUGGAUUGAAAUUGAGGAGAGCCUAGCAUGUUUCCCGAUAGAAAUGCUGGCAAAAUUGAGUAAGCUCCGAACAUUGGUAAUUCAUAAAGCGAAAGAGAUCUCUGUGACAACAGAAGGUCUGCAAGUCUUAAAAGAGCUUAAACGUUUAUGUUUAAACAAUUGUGAGAUAAUGAGAUGUUUAACACAAGGGAUGUUGCGGCACCUUAGUUCUUUGGAGGACCUCGCCAUAUGGAACUGCCCAGAAUUACUAGAGUUGCCACAGGAUAUUAAACAUCUCCGUAGCCUGAAGUUCCUCACGCUAUAUGAUCUUCCCAAGAUGACGAGCUUGUCUCAAGCCAUUGAGCACCUCACUAAUCUACACCUAGAGGAUCUUCCUGAGCUGGAAUCACUCCCAGAUCAGCUACCAUCUCUUACUAGACUCGUUGUUGUAGACUGCCCAAAGGUUGUAUCGAUUCCAGCUCUGCCAAAUCUGAAACGGCUAACAGUCCGUGGUUGCCCACACCUGGAAAGGCGUUGUCAGAGAGGAAGUGGAGAGGAUUGGCACAAGAUUGCCCAUGUUCGCAGCAUCAAUAUUUCUUCAAAGUGAAGAAGAUGUACCAGAAAUAGCUUUGGGGAAAGUAUAUGAAGUAGUGUUGGAUCAACUUUGAAAUGUUGGCACAGAGGCAGGGGGGCGAAGCAAGUACAGGUUCGAGUGCAAGUGUAUUACAAUUUGUGGAUGAAUUUCUGUGUUGCUUAGAUUUUUUACAGUAUUUGUAGCAAGAUUCUUGUUGUGUGCUUGUACUUCGGAUGAUUUCAUAUAUAAUAGGAAUGAUGCUGCUAUUUUUGAGAA